CUUGUGCGGAACUUAAUAUCGUAGGUCUACCAACCUGGAAAAACGCUCAAGAGAAACGGUAAUGUGAAGAAGCAUCCAUCUCGUCAAGUUAUAUUUGUCGUUCCCUAGUCCCUAUGUUCACAGCGUCGGAAAGAGAGGUCCUGUGGGCCGGGAUGAACAGCUCCGAACUCUUCAAGCCACACUUAUUUCCCGAGGACGGGUUAUACGACAGCAUGGAUGGAAGUUCCACUGAACUAACCGACAUGUUUGAAGAAGAUUGCCAUGAAGGUGAAGCCAGGAGUCUACCAGUUGCAGAUUUGCAGCAUAAAAUUACAGCACAGUUGGAGAGCUACCUUUCCAAUGAGAAUUUGGCUGAGGAUGCCUUCCUCCUUAAACACGUACAGAGAAACAGGAUGGGUUAUGUUAGCCUUAAAUUGCUAACUUCUUUUAAAAAGAUUCGGGAGCUGACACGAGAUUGGCGCAUCACCCUAGCAGCAGCCCGAAGCUCACAGCUGCUGGAGGUGAACGAGGAGGGGACAAAGGUGUGCCGGAAGGAGCCUGUGCCAAAUUGGCUGCUGUGUAUUCCCACCACUAAAUUGCUGUUGGCCUGGAACCUGCUGGGUGAACACUCUGCUGAGGAGUCCAGUCGUGGGGUGGAGCAGCAGGGCCUGAUGGCGACUGCCAUGAAGCUUUUUGCCUGCUACGGAACCAUCUCCUCCCUCCGCAUCCUGCGUCCUGGCAAGGAGUUGCCUGCAGAGCUGAGAAGAUACAGCAGUAAACACUUUGAGCUUGGUCGCAAACUCUGCGCAGUGGUGGAGUAUGAAUAUUUGGAAGGGGCCCGUAAGGCUUACGAGGCCCUGCGGGAAGAGGGCCGGUUGAGCGCAGGGAGAGGAGUGCGAGUGGCUCUCCUAGGUAACCGGGGCACACGGAAGCUGAGCUGCAGCCAGGACCCCACAGAAGAGGAGUCUGAGGACCCUGAGGACGAGAAGAUGUCUGCCAAAAAGCCAAACCGAAAGGCUAAACGCUACCCAUACACCUUGGAGGAUUCUGCUCUCUACAGCUCCUCAGAAUCAGACUUUGCCCCGGCCUCACCUAAACCAAACCGCAGGGUCACCCGGCCAAAGGCUCUAUAUGGCAGCCCCCUUACCAUCCCACUAGUGUCCUCAUAUUGCUCAGAUCCUUACAGCAAUCCCUUGGUUAGUCCCCUGGGAAGCCCACUCCUACCCCGCAAGCUGUUUGUGGCUGGCCACACUCCCUCUCCACUAGUUACACCAGAAUUCACAGGCAGUCCUUUGUCAAGUGGCCCUGGUAGCUUCGGUAGGAGCAAGUACUCAGGAGACUGCUCCCAGGACAGUGCCUUUGCAGGGAGCCCUUGGGUCUGGCGCCGAAAGACUGCUGCCCAAGCUUUCUUCCCUGAAAAAUUCUACCCCCACUCACCCGGACAGCUGAAGAGGCCCUGGUCAUUGGUGGAAGUGGUGCGGCAACCAACUGGACCUGAUGGCUCCAGGGGCUUCUACAACCAUUUUAGAGGGGGAAAAACUGUUGUGACCACACUGAACCACACUCAAACUUUUUAGAUUUACUUUUGGUUAUGGUGUCUCUGUCUCCAACACUUGUGUAAUUAGAUGGAGAAGUUGGGCUUUAAUUGCAUAACUCACUGUGAUGGCACUUUUAGCAUUAGGCUAGUUUCACUGUUGUUGUAAAUGUGAAAUGUGACAUUAGAAUUUGGGGUAAGAAGGAUAUGUAUUAAGGGUCCAAUCAGGAAUUGCAACCAUUGCUUGGCCUUGUGUGAAAUGCCAAUCAAGAUUUUUGUACGUAAACAAAAAAUAAUAAAGAUGACUUGAUUCUAUGCA